UCGAAAAGCUGUAGAAUGUGUGACGUAACAUCACGCUCGCCAUAAAGUUCACUAGGUACAGUGGCUGGUAGCUAAAUGCGAAGAAGUAGCAAAUCGUGACUGUUUUUCUAGAUUUUUCCCAACAAGAUUUUCCAGCACGACACGUCUUAACAGUUUUGGACAAAGAUGCAGUUGUUUUUGCACGGGCUGAAUAUACACGUCUUGGAGGUGACGGGACAAGAGUCCGUUCAAGACAUCAAGGUUCACAUCCAAGACCUGGAAGGGGUGUCUGUGGCAGAUCAGGUCUUGUUGCUGAAUGGCACCCCGUUGGACGAUGGUGCCUCUCUGCAUCAUUGCGGGAUCACUGAGCACUGUACUCUGGAUGUGGUGGCUAGGAUGCUGGGAGGUAAAGUCCACGGGUCCCUAGCUCGUGCUGGCAAAGUACGAGGACAGACACCAAAGGUGGACAAACAGGAGAAGAAGAAGAAAAAGACGGGACGUGCUAAGCGCCGUAUCCAGUACAAUCGCCGUUUUGUUAAUGUGGUGCCCACAUUUGGCAAGAAGAAGGGCCCCAAUGCAAAUUCCUAAAUCCCUUGUGUCAUAGGGCACGGAUACUAUAGUUUUCAGCAAAAUUUGUUAGGGGUAGAAUGGUUGGUGAAAAGUCACUUAACAACAUAAUUUUCCCUCACAAUUGAGGUGUAUUUCUUUACUGUACUUUUAUAAUCACUUAAAUAAAAUGCAUAAUAUAUUUGAGAA